AUGUCUGCUUUUGGUGGGAACUACAGUGGCCCCUUCCACCCUUCGGUCUUCUUCCUUGUGGGCAUCCCAGGCUUAGAGGCUGCCCACGUCUGGCUGUCCAUCCCGCUCAGCUUGAUCUACGUGGUGACAGUGCUGGGGAACUGCACCAUCAUGCGGACCAUCUGGGUGGAGGAGAGCCUACACGAGCCCAUGUAUUUAUUCCUCUGCAUGCUGGCAGUUGUGGACCUGGCCGGCUCGACCUCGGUGGUGCCCAAAAUGCUCUGCCUCUUCUGGUUUGGCUCUCACGAGAUCCCCUUUGAAGGCUGCCUGCUGCAGAUGUUCUUCAUCCACGCACUCUCCAUCAUUGAGUCGGCCAUAUUGUUGGCCAUGGCCUUUGACCGCUACGUGGCUAUCUGCCAGCCCCUGCAAUACGCCACCAUCCUGACAAAUCCAACCAUCAUGAAGAUCGGCUGCCUGGCCGUUGUGAGAGGGGCAGUCUUGACCUCCCCGUUUCCCAUCCUUGCCAGCAGACUCCCCUACUGCCAGACGAAUGUGGUCCCUCACACAUACUGUGAGCACAUGGGCAUCGUCCGGUUGGCCUGUGCUGGCACUAUUGUCAGCAACCUGUAUGGCCUCACUGUGGCUCUGCUUGUGGUAGGUCUGGAUCUGCUCUUCAUUGGGGUCUCCUACGCCAAGAUUAUCUUGACGGUGCUGAGGCUGCCAUCUCAGGAAGCUCAGGCCAAGGCCUUCAACACCUGCGGCUCCCACAUCUGUGUGAUUGUCUUGGCCUACACGCCCGCCCUCUUCUCCUUCCUCACACACCGCUUUGGCCACAACGUGGCCCCCUACAUCCACAUCCUCAUUGGCAACUUUUACAUUCUGGUGCCCCCGCUCUGCAAUCCCAUUGUGUAUGGCAUAAAGACCAAGCUGAUCCGUGACAAGGUGGUCGGCCUGCUCUCGAGGAAAAAGGACGUCUCCUAG